GUCAUUAUUCUUCGAGCUGUCUGUGCUCGGAAUUUACCAGUUUCCAUCGCUCUGUGAAAACUUGUUAUUUUUUACAUUUUAACCAUACUAGUGAUUUUGAUAAAAAAUAGGAAAUAGUUACGGUUCAUUGCGAUGUCGAAGAUGGAAGAGAUUAGCCGUAUGCUGGGUAAUUACAUAGAUCCGACCGCUACCAAGAAGGAUGUUAUUGAAUGUUUGAAAAGAUAUAAAGCUCUCACUUAUCGCUACGAAGAGUAUGUGUUCAAUGAUGGUACCAUAAAACAACUGCUAAAUCUGCAGGGAACGAUUCCGGUGCGAUACAAAGGCAACACGUACCACAUUCCCAUCUGCAUUUGGCUCCUGGAUACCCACCCUAAAUAUGCACCGAUUUGCUACGUCAAACCAACGUCCGACAUGAACAUCAAGGUUUCGAUAUAUGUGGACCAAAACGGGAAGAUAUAUCUGCCCUAUCUACACGACUGGCACGAUGGACGGUCCGAUCUGCUCGGUUUGAUCAAGGUGAUGAUUACGACCUUUGGCGAGUUCCCACCGGUUUAUGCGAAACCAAAAGAGCAGACGCCUGCCUAUCCAACUCAAACAUUCAUGCCUCAACCACCAACUAGUGGCCAGAGUAAAUACUGCCCCUACCCAACGCAACAACAACAACAGUUCCCGCCUUACCCACCGGCACCGUUGAGUUACAGUGGUUACGGACAACCGGGUGCUGGUAGCAGCUAUCCACCGUACAUGCCACCAGGAAUGCCGACCACUUCCGGUUACAACGCAGGCUAUGUAAACCCUUCGUCGGGACAAGGAACAGGAACCAUCACCGAGGAACACAUAAAGGCCUCGCUGGUUAGCGCGGUGGAAGAUAAAUUGAAGCGACGCAUCCAGGAGAAGGUUAACCAAUGCCAGGCGGAAAUCCAAACCCUAAAACGCACUGCGCAAGAACUAAACGAGGGUCAAACGAAAAUCAACGAUAUCCUUAGCCGGCUGGAGCGUGAUGAACAGGAAAUGACGAAAAGCAUUUCGGUACUGCAGGAUAAGGAGCAGGAGCUGGAUAGAGCACUCGAGGCGUUGGAACAAGCGGAUGAGAUCGACGUGGAUGAGGCUGUCAUUACCACUGCCCCCUUGUACAAACAAUUAUUGAAUGCUUACGCUGAAGAAGCAGCUAUCGAAGAUGCCGUCUACUUCAUGGGUGAAGCGCUACGCAGCGGCGUGAUCGAUCUGGAGGUGUUCUUGAAGCAUGUGCGUCAACUAUCGCGGAAGCAGUUCAUGUUACGUGCUUUGAUGCAAAAGUGCAGGCAGAAGGCAGGCCUUCCGGCCUAAUAACAGAUUGUGGUUGUGUCAUUUCGAAGCGCGCGUUGAGUCCUACAUCUUAUAAAGGCUGUAAGCACUAUUCGCCAAACACGUUGAUAGACUCAACGAGUACUGUGGAUAGUAUUUUGUGUAUCGCGUUGGCACUAUCCAACACUCGAGAAAGAAUGUUCAUUUUAUCAUCGCUAAAAUUAUGCUUUAAAGGUUUGUUUCAAGAUUCGUAUGUGCACUGCUCAUCCGUUGGUUGAAUAUACGAUAUUAUAUAUAAAUAUGAAAAGAAGAAUCGGAAAUUGUGAGAAAGCCAAGCCU